GCACAAUAACAAGUGGGUUGCAGUUCAUCCCAUGUUGGGUUGUAAAGUGGGUUGCAGCUCGCCGCGUGUUGAGAUACUUACACAAUUACAUAAUUGUUCACUAUUUAGUUGGGAUGUGACUUUCAUAGGAGAACAUCAUCAUGGCCAAGUUCCUAGCAGCCCUACUUACCGGUGUGUGUCUACAUGCCAUGUUGUCUGCGGGUAAUUUCGCGGGUGCACAGUUAGAGUUACCUAAUGAGGUUGUAUUGCCGGGGGAUGAUCCCGAAGAGACGACUGCAGUGGUUCGAUCUGGUGGGCGUACAACUGAACAGCUUCCCGUAGUGCUGGAAGAAAUCCCGAUCAAAGAAGUGAAUCAGUUCAAUGUCGUUGAAAAAUCGAAACUUCAGUCGAAAAGACCUCGUUUCAACAAGGGACGAAAGCGCUAUCAUAGAAAAGGAGAGCUCCGAAGAAAUGGAAGGAAUGGGCAUGGUCCGUAUGGAAUGCGUUAUCACGACCACGACAAUGACGAUUCACGUUUGCAAGGGCAUGGGAGAGAACUCCUCAACGCAACACAUCUCUUGGUACCGCUACACCCUCAGAUGCCGCGCCACCAUCAUUACAAGAUGCCUUUACAUAGACAAGACACUCUGGCAGGAAAGGCUCACACGGGAAGAAGACACCACCACAACGGCAAGCGAAGGCAUCACCGAGGACGUGUGCAUCGUGUAAAAGAUGGUGAAGAUCUAGUUGACACCAACGACCAGACAGCGAGCUCAAACGUGCAGGUCGAUGGCCUUGGAAUCAAAGGGAAUCCUGACACGAUGUAGAGAAACUGUCCAUGCCUAUUAUACUGAUCUCUCACUUUGGUCUGAUUUCUCUUUUCAGCCAGUUUUGAGAUGAUAGGACUCUUAUAGUGUUAGACGUUAAACUGGGUAUCUGAUGUCAGUCUUCAUUAUACUGCUUUUUGUCGCACAUUUAGUUGUGACUUAAUCUAGGAUGUUAAUGUAAUUAUAGGGGAGCGGGUUCAUUAAAAAAAGUUCGGAAUUUUUAUUUUUUUUUUUAAAUAAAAAAAGAACGUUUAAGUUGGGCUAUCUAUUGUUAAUACAAUUUUAAAAAUCGUUUCCAGCCUUUAGGUAACGCUCGAUAUCUUGUAAUGCGUGCAAUCCUCAACUUUGGUCAGUUCUUGGAAACUUAUUGACCCCCCCCCCUUUUUUUUUGUUUAGUAAUAGCGAUUUUGUACAAAGCUUCUCUCAAAUCCCUGUUCCUGUAUUGCUUUCUCCCACACCCUUUCUCUGGUCAAGUUAAAAAUUUACACAUUUAUUUAUUGUACCAUACAAAACAUGAAUCAAUAAGACAAUAACCAAUUAGUUAUAUAAUUAGUGGUAAUUAAUUUGAUAGUUUGAUUAGUUUGAUAUCGAAAAAGGUAGGCUAAAUAAAUGAGACUUUUUGAGAGAUGUGGCUGUAUAUGUGGAUUUAUUCCCGUAUUACGUUUUGUACACGGUUUUCUCCCAGUUUUCAUUCUCGAAUCAAGUUCAGACUUUGAAUAAUUUAAUGCAUAUUUUGUUUGUUUUUAUAGUUAUAGGCCUAAUGUUUUGUUUUGGUGUAAUGCACAAUUUGUAAGACAAAUUUCCUUACGGACAAUAAAGAUUAUUACUAUUAUUAUUA